GGCGAACAAAUCAAUCGAGAUGGUGCCUAACCCGAAAGAACGAAAGCAAAACCCACCAGGAGCAACCGAAGGAUCCGAUCACGAAGCCAACCAGCCUACCCCGGAUCAGACAGAGGAAAACAACCUGUCGGGCGACGAAGAGGAGAUUGAUCCAGAUGACGCAGAGUUUCAUUCCAUCAACAAUUGCCUGGAUGCGCUGAGCUCAGCGCUAGAUAACAUCGAGCAGAAGAAUGAUUCGCUGCAUGAGCAGCUGUUGCUUUUGCUGGAGUCGCAGCGCGAGUCCUUGAAAGCGCUGAAGGAGGAAAAUAGUCGCAAGGUGGCGCAGCAGCAGGGUGGUGAGCCUGGCGAAGAUGGCAACGAUUCCAACCAACCUGAGUCGCCCGUGCAACCGAUGGAACAAUGCUAGAUAAUGCGGAUCCGUGUCAAACGCAAUGAGAACCCUCUCCCCCAUUGUUUCUAUCUUCCCCUCCCCCACACACCCGCAAGUCAGUGUGGACUUGGAGUACCUGGCGAUCACGGAUGACAUUAUUUAUUGGAAUAAAUCACCUCCUAUUUCGUUCAUGUAAGGCA